AUGACAUACACUCCAAACUCAUUCGUUGGUAUUCUGUACGGUGUCAGUUUCCUCACUGGUGCCUGGUACGGCGCUUCAAGAAACAGAGAACUCAAGGAGAAGCACAGAAACCUGUUGAUUCACGAUAUUAAGCAGACUGUUAAGGACACCAGAGCAAAGGCUGCCGAGGAGUCUUUCGCUCUCGGCAAAGCCUCCGCUUUGCCCAAGUCAGAGACAUUGGCUGCUGGUUUCGCCGAUGAGUUUGAUCAGCUCAUUGCCGACACUGUCGGUGACGAUUUGGUCCGCGAUCUCCUUGCCUAA